UCAUAAUUCCUGUUCACUUCUCUCAACUCCAGCUGGUCCAAUCAAUCGCUGUGACUUAGUGACUAGACGGUCUAGACCAAAAUUUUGAUUAUUGCGAACCUAGCUAUCCUCAGUUCUUUUCCACUCCAAUUCAGAGUAUUCUUUCGUGUUAACGAUCGUGGCAACAAUGGACACCAAAAAGGACGUACAGAGCGCUGAUCACCGUAGUUUUUUGGCUGGGGAGCUGGUGAUGUCCUGUGAUCCUAUGGUGUGGAUUCUGGAAAGGAGCGCAUACAAAACGCACUGUGCUUACUGUCUCCAGAAAAGCCCGGGAUUACGCACCUGUUCGGGAUGCCAACUGCAUCGCUACUGCAAUUCGGCUUGCCAGACCGCGGACUGGAAAGUGGAGCACAAACUAGAAUGCGCUGUCCUAAAGCAGAUCGGUAACAUCGACCCAAUGGUCGCCUUGGAGGGCGCAUUUGCGGGGCUUUUGACGGACAGCUGUCCCUUAACCAUGGCCGUAGAUACUGUCUGUCUCGACCUUGACAUGACCACCAAGUUGUUCCAUAAAAUAAAGAAGAACGCGAUGAUGGAGAUCCCGGGAAUCGGUCGGAAAUCUGUCAGAGAACUUCUGUUCAUGCUGCCAGCAAAUCCUCUGCAACCUGAGCUCGACCCGGCGAUUCUAGGAAAAGAUUCGGUUGCGGGAAAUCGCCAGAUAUCCGGUGCUCCUUUCAUGGAUUUCCAGACGUACUGUAAAAUUGUCCGCUACAAUGGCGUGCCAAUUUACAGUGUGUUUGCGCCGCACACGCCGAUCGGCAGAGCGGUGUAUCCGCAAGCACCGAUGGGACGGAUGACGCCAGUGUGCUUUGAUAUGAAUGUGGUGCUGAGCCACCGCGGACGGCGGCUAUUUAUACAUGCCGCGGAAGAUAUUCCGCAUUUUACCGGACUAGGAGAUUUGCGUUAUUGUGGUAUUGGCGAACCAUUCUGUCUGACAAGAGCGGAGCGUCGCGCCGUGUUUGAGAAGCGCCAUCAGCGUCCGUGUACUUGCCGCAAAUGCACGGAAGCAUAUGAUGCCGACAUUAAUCCACUGCAGUGUGUGACGGUCGGGUGUCCCAAUCGAAUUCCCAGCGACAACCGUGCGUUGGCAGCGUGCGCGGAAUGCGGUGCCCUCAAUAGUGACCGAUUGGCACAACUGCUUCGUUUUAUGCAGCAGCACGAAUCGCUGAAACACGAACCCCUGAAGGACCGCUACCCGAGUGAACUGCACGAGGCCAUCAUCCUACAAAUGUACAAGGAGAUGGAGACUGCUGGUAUCCUGCAGCCGGAUGCGCAUUUUCGAUAUAUCUGCGGAUGGGAUGUAGCGCAAAAGUGUUACCAGGAGAGCCGCUUUGAAGAUGGCUGGCCGAUGGUGGAGGAGUUUGUGACUUGUGCACGAAAGGUGUGUCCAAAGUAUGCGGGUUUUCGCGCCACUCUGCUGCUUUCUGCUGGGAUGUCUACCGCCGCAGCGAUGGAAAAGCAAAUCCUGAACGGUAGUUGCAAGCUAUCGGAACCGGCGAAGCUGAAGCUGGCAACGUUGUCUGGUAAAGCGUGCUGUUACGUUCUGGAUUAUGCUAACGAAGCGAUGCGGAUUUUGGGUGUACUGUUUGGUAAGGAGUCGAAGGAGGCCCAGAUAAGCGAGGGUGCGCUGAAGAUGAUAACUUCCACGGUAUGCCGUAUUGAACAGUUUUAUCGUGAGAGCAAAGAAUGAAGUUUUCGAUUUCUGCAGUCAGUUCCUGUGCUGUUCUGUUUAUUCCAGUCUGACGGUAUUUUUUGUAUGCCUAAUGCCUUGAAACAUACUUCAAUAGUGAAAUUUGCAGAGCUGUUAACAGUUUUUACACCUUUCUUUGUUAACGUUCAA